AUGAAGAAAACUGAUGUUUUUCGUACACUUGAGCAAGGUGAACGUGUAACUAGCAUUUAUGCGCAAACUUACUUAAAUGAUGAUUAUUGUAAAGACAAGAAGUCUAAUGAGAAAUCUGAAACCCCGGUCAAAUUUCAAGAAACAGGUCCUGAAUUUGAAGAAACAAGUGCGGAUGAUGAGUGGAUAUCUCCCAGUGAUUUAUUAAUUGGUGUUGUAGACCUAAAACCCCCUUUUACAUCAAAAAUAACAAGAGGAAUUACUCAUCAAGGCAUCCUAAAUAUAGGAGAUGGUGUAUUGAAAAAAGAACGUGACAGAUUUUUAGAACAUAUGAGGAAUGUCAUCAGCGAAAAUGAUGUUGCAUGGAAUCAAAUAUUGGAACAUGAAAAAUCCUCUGUAGCAAAAAAAGUUAAAGAAACCUAUCAUAAAAUUCUAAUGGAAAAAAGUAAAAUUUUAAUGAAAGAAAUUAAUAUAUUUUAUGAACAAAGUCUACAAGAACUGGAAGAUCACCUGCAGACUGAAAUUCAGAACGUAUUGGUUACUGCACAUGCUAAUAUCAUCAGUGAUCUUAAUUUUGAAAUAAGAGAUAAACUGAAGAAAGAAAAACUGAUUUUAGAAGAUGUUCUACAAAAAAGGUUUGAUAGUGAAGUAAAAAAGAUAACGCACUAUUAUAAAUUGCUACUGGAUAAUGAGAUUUACAGAAAUCAAAAACUAGUCAAUCAGGCAAUUAUUGAGAGGAAUGAGGCCCUUAAAGCUUUUUAUAAGCAAAUAGAAGCACAAAACAUCACGAGUACUAUGUAUGUCAUGUGCACCGAACGAAAAAAAUGCAAAAUACGUAAGUUUCUUUUAGAGAAUAUUCAUAGUACUGAAAUUGCUGAAAAACUACAAAAAAUUAAGGAACGUCAGGAAAUUAUAGAUUCUUUUAAAUCUAAAGAAAGGAAAAUAUCUGACAUAAAUAAGGAAUGGGAAACUAAAAUAAAAAAAAUACUGAAGCUCUUUUUAAAGUUUGUCAGUUUUAGUUUAAAACUGCUUCCCGAACAAACGACAUUUUUGCUUGACCUGGAGAAAAUGGUUGUGUUACAACUAAAUGAAAUGCAAAAAGCGCCUAUGAAUAAUACUUCUAUCUUAAUUGAUACAGAUGAACAAAAUAUUUUACAAUUUGAACAGCCUAAAAAGGAAGACGUCGUUUGUGAUAAAGAACCGUUUGUAAUUGAAGGUGACCUAAACGAUCCAGUUCCGCCACAAUACGGCAGUAGAGAAACCUUAGCAUCAGAUGUGGAUCUUCCUUAUAUCCGACUUCAGAGGAAGUUUGUAUAUGCCAAAUGUGGCAAAAUGGACGAGGUAAGAGCAUUUCUAGAGUCACAACGAUGUAAAUGCCAGGAUCCAGCUCCUGAUUCCGAGUCACCUGAUGUGGAAGAAGAAACUACCGCUGCUGAGGGUGCAGAAGUAGUUGAUGAAGCUAAAAGUGAAUCUUCAUCAUAUGAACCUUUACUACUAGAUGAUUUCGAAAUACUUAAAAACUGUCCCGCAAGAAAAUGUCAAGACUGGGUGAAAAAAUAUAGCUUUCCGUGGUUGGUUUCCUAUUUGGAUUUUAGUGAAGAAAAUUAUGAGAAGGUUAAAACAAUACUGGGCAAAUUACCGGAUCAAGACCCUAUUCCUGAACUAAUAAAUCCCAAGGACAUGAUCAAUCAAGAGCUGCCAUUUGCUGCUACCAAAGAGCCAUAUCGUAACGUUGGGACACAAUACUCCAGCCAAGAAGAUGUUUCCAUUAAUUUCACAUGUCCUUGCAUGGGUGAUGAGGGUAAAAAUGUAAAAAUCACGGAAUCUGAACCCAAAGUUACAAUUGCUGAAAGUCAGGAAAUUAAAGAUAUAGUUCUGCAACGACAACAAUCAUUGCAAAGAUUAUUAAAAGAUCACCCCAGACUACUGAAACUGUUUACGGAUGAAGGCUACGAUUUUGUUUAUCCAGUUAAAUAG